AAUCAGGCCGAACGAAACCCCGCCGAUAAAAACCGAGCCGUCAUGUUCACAUCCCUCCCUCUCUGUCUCUGCUCCCCGGCCAGGCUGCGGCUUCUGUCAGACUCCUUGGAUCAAAACAGCACGAAACAGAAAUGUCCGAGAAACUGCCCUACAAAGUCGCUGACAUCAGCCUGGCAGAAUGGGGACGCAAGGCCAUCGACAUCGCAGAGAACGAGAUGCCAGGCCUGAUGAAGAUGAGGGAGCUGUACGGCCAGUCCAAGCCCCUGAAAGGCGCUCGCAUCGCCGGCUGCCUACACAUGACCCUGCAGACCGCCGUGCUCAUCGAGACCCUCACAGCCCUGGGAGCUGAGGUCCAGUGGUCCAGCUGCAACAUUUUCUCCACCCAGGACCACGCCGCCGCCGCCAUCGCCAAAACUGGCAUUCCAGUGUACGCCUGGAAGGGUGAGACCGAUGAGGAGUACGUGUGGUGCAUCGAGCAGACGAUAUACUUCAAAGACGGUCAGCCCCUCAACAUGAUCCUGGAUGAUGGAGGAGAUCUCACCAACCUGGUCCACAAGAAGUACCCCAAACUGCUGGCAGGUAUCCGCGGCGUGUCGGAGGAGACCACUACAGGUGUUCACAACCUGUACAAGAUGAUGAAGAAAGGCGAGCUUAAGAUUCCUGCCAUCAACGUCAACGACUCCGUCACCAAGAGCAAAUUCGACAACCUGUACGGCUGCAGAGAGAGUCUGAUCGACGGCAUCAAGCGAGCCACCGACGUCAUGAUCGCCGGGAAGGUGGCGGUGGUAGCGGGUUACGGCGACGUCGGCAAGGGCUGCGUUCAGGCCCUGAGGGCCUUCGGCGCUCGGGUCAUCGUCACGGAGAUCGACCCCAUCAACGCUCUGCAGGCUGCUAUGGAGGGCUAUGAGGUCACCACCAUGGAUGAAGCCUGUAAGGAGGGAAACAUCUUCGUCACCACCACUGGCUGUGAAGACAUCAUCCUGGGACAUCACUUUGAGAGCAUGAAGGACGACGCCAUCGUUUGUAACAUCGGACACUUUGACUGCGAGAUCGACAUGAGCUGGCUGGAGAGGAACGCCGCAGAGAGGAUCAACGUUAAACCGCAGGUGGAUCGUUAUCGUCUGAAGAACGGCCGUCACAUCAUCAUCCUGGCGGAGGGCCGGUUGGUCAACCUGGGCUGCGCCAUGGGACACCCUUCAUUCGUCAUGAGCAACUCUUUCACCAACCAGGUGCUGGCUCAGAUCGAGUUGUGGACAAACACGGCGAAGUAUCCGAUUGGAGUUUACUUCCUACCCAAGAAGCUGGACGAGCAGGUGGCCGCCGCUCACCUGGAUAAACUGGGAGUGAAGCUGACCAAACUGACGGACAAACAGUCCAAGUAUCUGGGCCUUCCCACCGAGGGGCCGUUCAAAGCAGACCACUAUCGCUACUGAGCGCCCUGCUAGCCUGGGGAAUGAGUCGGAGGUGCGGUGGGAUGUUGGUGGAGCAGGUUCUUCUCUGAGCGCUGCAGUUAGUUCAACCCAGCCAGAUCUCAGGGAUGCAGACCGUUUUUUUUUUUUUUUUUUUUUUUUUCCUCAUAGCAUCGCCUUUUUAACGAACCCUUGAGAAGUUAGUUGAGCAGAUGUGAGAAAUGAGCUCAAACAAAUCGACGUGCCCACCAGGUAAUUGGAAGCACAGAACUAAAAGCUUCAGUUAGCAGAUUUGAUUGAAAAUUUCUCACUAGAAUAUUUUAUCUCCCUCCUUUUUGUUUUUUGCUCACCAACUUACCGACGCGUCCAACUGCCUCGCCUCGUUCUCAUCCAAACGUUUCUGAAACGCCGAGUGCUUCUGUCAGAAUAUUCCUCUGUCUAAUGUCAUUCCCCGUCUGUGUAAGGAAUCAUGCGAAGCCUGGAUUUAUAUCUUGGAGCGACUUCAGAUUAAGCUUGAUCCGCCGGUUUGAUCGCCGUAUGACGGUUUUUGUGUACUGUGGUCCUUUUUUUCUCAGUCAGUCUGUGUGAACACGGUUUCCUUUUAGCACUUAGUUAAAAUAUUUUCAGGAGAAUCUUCUGAAAGGUUAACUGGUUUGCUUGUUGCUUAACAAAGUGCAUUUCUUCAGUUUUGGAUGUAAAACUUCCAAAUCUUUCUGCAGACGACCUCAUCUUCUGAAUUCUCUGGGUGGUUCUUCUCCCCAAAGUCAUUAUUUCUUAAAAAUGUGAUUUUAUUUAAUUGGUUGUAGAAAUGUGUGCAUCAUAUUUCCUCUCUGGUUCUUCCUCUGAUUGAGGACUUUUUGCCCGGUCAGGCUAAAUCUCUGAUCCGAGUCCAGCAGGUCGGGUUGACCUGCGAUGUUAAAAAUUAAUUCAUGCUAAAAAUAUGAAGUGAUGAUGAAUAAAAAAUUUUUUUAAAUACC